AUGUCUACUCCAGCACGGCCACUGGCUGCUCUCAAAUCAGCCCUGCGCCAACUGCGCGCAGACAAGCACCAUUCGCGCUGCUAUGCCACCGCCGCUCCCUCGACCACCGGCAGGCCCGUCAACUUCCACCCCGGUGCCAUCAUGACUGGCCGCAGUACGACACACGACCUCUUCAGUCUUUGUCCUCCACUCUGA